CUAACCCCCUUUUGAGAUUUAAAUCCCCCGACAGAUAGAAGCGGGGGAUUUAUCGUUUUGCUGAUAAAGACAUCGUUUAUUCAUUCACCUAGGAAGUGCACUACCGUAAUAAAUCGGCGUGAUCACAAAGGAAAGCGAUCGAUCGAUCGGCAGGUACCCGGAGACAGCGGACAGACUGAGACAGUGAGGGGACGGAAAACGAGACAUUGUUUGGGUAAACAAAAUCAGAGAAAAGAGGAACAUCACCAAAACCGCUGUGCACAUCGAGAGAUUUCCCUAAAACGUCAGAUGAUGUUACAACGUUGAAAUGAUGACAAGGACGCACUAUCAGGCCAUGCCGUAAUUGUUUCAAUUAACCACACUAUGCAGCCCGCCAUUACCGGAAGUUGUUACCACGUAUUUUUCACCUUCUUCGUUUCCCGCGUCAUUUCAGAGUUAACUCCCAUUACUCACAUUCUUCACGACUAUCAACCAAUACAUUACGAUCAUCUUCUUCUCAAAACACAACAUGAGCGCAUUCGCAGAUCAGCAAUUCAUACCGUGGAAGUAGAAUUCAGAUCACAUCACAGAAAUUUUAAAGUGCGGUUAAAACGAGACACACAAGUUUUCCAUCCUGACGUCAUAAUAGAGACUAGUCACGCUCCAUUGAAGAUGGAUACGUCGUUCCUAUAUACCGGUGCCCUCCAAGACGAAAUUUCCAAAGUUUACGGUCUGAUAAACCCAGAAGGUCAUUUUCAAGGACAAAUUCACACCACUAACGAGACCUACUUCGUUGAGCCUUCAUCACUGUAUUUCAAACAAUCUCCAUCGUUUCAUUCCAUUAUAUACACACUUCAUGACGUCAAUCACAACACGUCAUCAUUUUGUCAAGCUGAUAGAACGAGGCAGAUGAUGAUGAACAAUAUUCCUCUUGAUACGCAGUUCGAGGAAAACAACCAAUGGAAACACAGAUACACAUUUGAUGCAUAUCUUCCGGAACGCCGUAAACGGGCAGUAGAUCCGGCAAAAACAGUUUGUUCUCUGUAUAUACAGGCGGAUCACACAUUUUACCAGAAAUACAGUAGCAAUGUAGACACGGUGGUGUCGCAGCUGAGUGCGUAUGUACAGGCAAUCAACAGCAUUUUUAACCCAAUAGACUUUGAUGGCGAUAACAGCGCUGAUAACAUAGGUUUCCAAGUGAAGAGGAUGAAAGUACACACAGACCCAAACGCAGCAGGGUACAAAUUCAACGGCUACUUCAGUGUUGAGAAGUUUCUAGACCUGCAUUCAACCGAUGACUACUCACAAUAUUGUCUGUCCUACAUGUUCACAGACCGUGACUUUGAUGGCGGGGUCCUUGGUCUUGCUUGGGUGGCGUCCCUGACGAAAGCAGGAGGUAUUUGUGAGGAAUACAGGAGCUACAGCGGUGAAUCUAAGAGUCUAAACACCGGAAUCGUGACGGUAAAGAAUUACGGAUCCGCGGUGGCCUCUGUUGUUACGGAAGUGACGUUUGCGCAUGAAGUGGGGCAUAACUUUGGAUCAGACCAUGACGCAGAGGGUACAUCAUGCGCCCCUGGUGGUGCAGAUGGAAAUUACAUUAUGUACGCACGAGCAACAUCCGGGUAUUUAGCCAACAACAAUAAAUUCUCUACCUGCAGCAUUAGCCAGGUGGCACCCAUCAUCGCCGACAAAGGACGAAGUUCAACGACGGGGUGUUUUAUAGCUCCCUUAAGCUCCGUUUGUGGUAACAAGAUUGUGGAAAGGCCGGAUGAAGACUGUGAUUGUGGCUGGGGCGACGAGUGCACAGAUGAGUGUUGUCAUCCGGCGGAUUCCUCCACUCCGUGUAAAUAUAACAACACUGCCGCAACUUCCGGAUUCUGCAGUCCAAGUGAAGGGCCUUGCUGUGGACAGAACUGUCAGUUGAUGACUUCCGGUGUGUGUAGGGGAAACACUUCCUGUCUAGACGCCGGGAUAUGUAAUGGCUUGAGUGUCACGUGUCCUUCAUCAACACCAAAAUCAAACGGGACUUCCUGUGCAGACGGCCAGGUCUGCUUUUUAGGAGAAUGUUCUGCGUCCGUGUGCCUUGCUAAAGGGUACGAAUCCUGUCAGUGCCCCGGAUCUGGUUGGAAGGAUGUCAAUCUCUGUCGCCUCUGUUGCCAAGUCAAUGACACGUGCCACUUUGCGGCGGACAUUCCCGAUCUGACAGAGGCUAAUGCGUUCACUGGAGCCCCCUGCAAUACUUACAAGGGGUACUGUGACGUGUUCCAAGUAUGCCGUGAGGUUGACCCCACGGGGCCUCUGAGCAACAUCCGGAAGCUGUUGUCUGGUGACGUCAUUAACACUGUGAAAGAAUUUCUGACAGAGAAAUGGUGGGCGGCGGUGCUUAUCGCCCUCGGUGUUUUCAUUGUCAUGGGAAUCUUUAUCAAAGUUUGUUCCAAAAGCCACGGACCCCCGAAAGAGAAAAAAGGUGGUGGAAAACGGGCGAAUAGGGAUAACCGCAUCCGGCCUAUUCCAGCAGAAAGCCAUAUGUAAACAGUCUGCUUUUUCACUGCUCGAGACAUCAUUACGUCAUAUCCAGGUGUCGCAGUCAUUUUCAGUGAAGUGUUUUUCAAUUUAGUCAGGUUCGAUUUAUUUUCAAAAAGUUGAUAUAAGUCCAUAUGUCUGCUGAGAAUCUGAUUUUUUAUUUAAUGUGAUGUAUCAAUAUUACUUUGUGUAUUAUCAAAAUGUCCACUGAUUAUCAUUUUAAAAAGACAUUAAAUUAUUUCAAGCAUAAAAGAUUGUCAUUGCUUGAGCAGCUUUUGACUUUUCACAAAGAUUGAAUUUAAAUCUAGUGUACAAUUUUGUACUUGCGAUAGCAAUAUGUACUUUUUUGAACAUCGAAUAAAAGAGAAUAUUAUUACUUAUAUAAUGGGAUACUUGUACCACUGUCUGUAAAAUAGUGUUGAUAAUGUCAUUUUGUAAAAUUGUAUGAAUGAUGAAUUGUUCUAAUUGUCUGUGAUAGUAAUUGUUUUAUUGACAUAUAUUGUACACAAUUUACAGAUCAUCAUUAACACACUUUAACCACAAGCUCCAGUGAGUUUUUUCCGGAUCAAAUUUUGUCUCCGAUCUGAGUGUAUGUUCACAUUGUCAGUUUCCUUUCAAGAAACACAAUUGGAUUUUAACCAAACUUGUCACAGAGGAUCAUUGCGUAAAAGGAAUGACGGUGUUUUCGGCUGAAGGUUUUCCCCAUUUCAAAGUAGAUUCAGUUAAUUAUUAAACGGUGAAUACAGGAGAGUAGGUUAUAAAUUGUUUUAAGGUCCAGAAACGACCACAGCAUACGUUGUUUAGUGUGUUUAAAUGCCCCCACCCCCCACCCCAACCUUUUCUGUAUUAGGAUGAGACAAUAAUGAGAUUUUGAAUUGGAUUAUAUACUGUAUGUUUUGGAAAAUAUAUUUAUGGUUUUUCCCGCAAUGUUACUAUGUAUUUCGUAUAUGCUUAAUGCUUACCCCGGAAUUGGAUUUAGAUGAAAUCGGGGGUGAGGAUAUCAGAGUGUCUCAUAACACAUUUAAAAUGUUACCGUUUAGAAUGAUUAGAAAAACAACAAUGCUACAAGCUGUCGAUGCUCCGAUCCUAUGCCUAACAUCUCCGUAAGUGGUAACACAGUUGAGCGAUGUGGUCCAUUGUCAUCCUGUAUAUUAGUCCGUCCAAGUUUAUAUAUGGUAAAUACUGUAAAAUAUGCUAUAUUAUAUUGAUCGACAGAGCUGCAUCAACAUUGCAGAAGAAUAAAAUUCGAUAAAAUGUUUAA